CAGUCGAACGAUGAUACCCGGGGCACUUUUCCUGGGUGCCCUCCCUAAUUCUUCCUGUCAAAUGUCAAACUGUCCCUGGUUUCUGCAAGCGUGAUAUGAUACGACCUAUACUGAAUUAUGAAUUAUGCCCUCGCAUUGUCCCUUGCUUUUUUUUUCGUUUUUUUUUUCUUUCUUUAUUUUCCCUGCAGUUUUGAAGUUCGAUUUGCAAUUGGACUUGCUCUGUUGGUACUCUGUAUACGAAUUCAUAGUGUAUAGCUUCUAUUCUGUACUCCAUACAGUGAGAAUGAACCGUCAAAAUAAGCAGGGCGAUCGUAGGCUUCUAGAACGGCGCCAUGACCGUCUUCGAUAUGAUUCCCUCCGACCGCGAAUUUUGCUAGGAGUCACGUGAUUGAACAGCCUCGUGCAGUCCCGGAGAAGACGAUGGCAUUACGACACCUCACCCAAAUUUAUACGUUUGCAGAAUUGUUGUUCAUUAAAAU